UGCAGCAUUACAUUACAUAGACAUAAAAAUGGCCAGUUUUGAAUAAUGUUUUCUCUAAUGGUAUGUUUAAGAAGACCCCACUUUGGAUCAAAUGUAAUCUGACCUAGUUGUCCUAUCAGAAGGAAUAAGACCCAUAAUUUUAAGUCCCUCAAAACAAACGUCGUCUUUUAUUAAGUAGAAAAGUUCUCAUUACCGUAGGAGAAAACGACCACCCCACGCGCCCAUUCUUAUAAACCGUUCAAACCCCACUUUCCCUCUAAAAUUCAAUCUUUAUCAGUUCUAAACCAUCUUCAACCUCUCUCUUUCUCAAAACAACAGAAACCCUUUUCCCUUUCUUGGUUUAGACAAAAUUUCCACAAAAAUGUGUCGAAGAAAGCUUCUUGCUUUCUUGUUUUGCUUCCUUCUUUACUACUCCGUAGACCCACCUUUUGUUUCUUCUUCUGAUAAUGUGAGUUUCGAUUUCCCUUAUUUCAGUCUCAGAAACUUCACUCUCCUCGGAGAUUCUUAUCUGCGAAACGGCAUAGCUGGCUUGACAAGAGAGCUCGGAGUGCCUUCUUCUAGCGCCGGGACUGUAAUCUUCAACAACCCAAUUAAGUUCUUCGAUCCUGAAACCAAUACCAGAGCUUCUUUCUCUACCAAAUUCUCUUUUACCAUUAGUAAUGUCACUCCGAGCUCUUUUGGAGAUGGGUUAUCGUUUUUUCUCUCUCCGGAUAACCGAAUUCUUGGCAGCUCUGGAGGCUAUCUGGGUCUUGUGAAUUCUUCUCAAUUGACCAAGAACAAGUUCGUGGCCAUUGAGUUCGAUACACGCUUGGAUAUGCACUUCAAGGACCCUAACGACAACCAUGUUGGAUUGGAUAUCGAAAGCCUUAAUUCGAUCAAGACUGCUAAUACUAUGUUGCAGGGGAUUAAUCUUAAAGGUGGGAAUAUCAUUACAACUUGGAUUGAUUACAAGAAUGAUCAAGAAAAGUUGAAUAUCUUUCUGAGUUAUUCGAAUAUCAAGCCGGAGAAGCCGAUUUUGAGCUUGGAUAUUAGUCUCUCUGAGUAUCUGAAGGAGAAUAUGUACGUAGGAUUUUCAGCUUCUUCUGAAGGGAGUACUGAGCUUCAUCUGAUUGAGAAUUGGAGCUUCUGUACAUAUGGCUUUUUAUCUUUGAGAACAAAAAAACAUCCGCACAAUGUGUCGGAUAGUUCGGUGAUUGUUACACCGAUGAUUCCUGUGGUGGAUUCUUCAAACCAUCAUCACAAGAAGCUUGGUUUGGGACUUGGGAUAGCUGGACCGGCCUUCUUUUUUGUGGCUCUUGUGAUGUUCGGUUAUGUGUCUGUGAGAAGAUUGAAGAGUAUUACAACUCAGAGGAGCUUCAAACAUGAUCUUCUAACGGGUCCAAGAGAGUGUACUUAUAGAGAGCUGAAGUCAGCCACAAAAGGGUUCCAUGCGAGUAGGAUAAUAGGCCAUGGAGCAUUUGGUACAGUCUACAAAGCCUUCUUUGUCAAUUCAGGCACCAUUGCUGCGGUGAAGAGAUCAAAGCAUUCGCAUGAAGGUAAAACUGAGUUUUUAGCCGAGUUGUCUAUCAUUGGUUGUUUGAGGCACAAGAAUUUGGUUCAACUCCAAGGCUGGUGUGUUGAGAAAGGUGAGUUGCUGCUUGUUUAUGAUUUCAUGCCUAAUGGCAGCCUUGAUAGCUUGCUUUACCAAGAAUCCGAACAAGGCCCCUGGUGGAGUUGGUCACAUAGAUACAACAUUGCAGUUGGUUUGGCCUCUGUUCUGACGUAUCUCCGUCAAGAAUGUGAGCAACAAGUGAUCCGCCGAGACAUCAAGACCGGAAAUGUAUUGCUGGAUGGAAACUUCAAUGCAAGACUAGGGGAUUUCGGUUUGGAAAAGCUCAUGGAUCAUGAUAAAAGCCCAGUUUCUACUCUAACCGCUGGAACAAUGGGGUACCUUGCUCCUGAGUAUCUUCAGUAUGGUAAAGCAACUGAGAAGACUGAUGUUUUUAGUUUUGGUGUUGUGAUCCUUGAAGUGGCUUGUGGGAGGAGGCCAAUAGAGCGUGAAUUCGGUACUCAGAAGAUGGUGAAUCUAGUUGAUUGGGUUUGGGGUUUGCAUUCUGAAGGGAAUAUCAUUGAAGCUGCUGAUAAAAGGUUGAAUGGUGAGUUCAAGGAGGAGGAGAUGAGAAAGCUUUUGCUUGUGGGGUUGAGUUGUGCUAACCCGGAUAGCGCCGAGAGGCCUACAAUGAGAAGAGUCUUGCAAAUUUUGAGUGAUGAAGUUGAGCCUAUGGCAGUGCCAAGGAUCAUAUGCCUGAUUUCAUUGUACCAUUGGAGAAGCACUUUCCUGGUCGUGUCACCUAUAGAGGUGGAAAGCAAGAAAGGUGAAGAGGGCCAGUUCUACUUGGUUAACUUUCUUUGCAGAUUUGGGAUUGCGGAGUUUGCCCUAGUCACCGGGCUGAAUUUUGGGAACACCCCGUCCCCAGAUGAGUUGAGAGAGCAUCUUUUAAGUGAUCGGAUCAUCCAAGAAUACUUUAAUGGUGAUUCCAAGGCUUUUAAGGCCAUGCCAGCUAUCGGAAGUAAGUACAAUGAGAAUAGUGGGAACCAGAUUCCUAGAAUGUUUAGCUGGGAUACGAAGACCGAUAUCACUCUUUUGAUAGUUGAGUUGGUUCCUAUGUUCGCCAAGCAUCGAUUAGUUGUAUUUUCCAUGCCGAAGUCACAUCUCGGUGAGACAGUCUACUACAAUAGCCUCCCAGAUGUUGAUUCUAGGUUAUGCCCUGAGUUGGAAUCAACUGUAGUGGAGGCUAGGACUGAAACUGAGGAAGUAGUUCCUGAGUAG